CUAAGAGGAAAAACAGCAAAUUCAUUAGAUUACAGAGAUGCUAUACUUUAAGAGAUGAGUAACAGAGAAGGAGCUCGUUUCCGCAAUCCACUUCCCCAUGAUGCAUUUGCGCUGGAGGCGUCAGCGAUGUUGGGCAUCUUUGCCUGACAACAUCUUUGUAGGCUUCCACACGUGGGACAGUUAAUGCAUCGCUUCGCCGUCUAAGACAUCUGAAGAUGAGUGAGGACGUGGAGCGGCUAUUGAUUCAGUUCCAGGACGAGAAUGGAGAGAUUCUGGGCUCUCCUUUCGAUGUGCCUCUUGACAUCACUCCUGACAAACUCCAGCUGGUCUGCAAUGCGCUGCUGCAGAAGGAGGACCCAGUGCCGUUGGCGUUCUUUGCUCGGGGAGAGGCAGAAAUUGUGUCCAGUCUGGGCUCCUGUGUGAAGGAGCUAGGGGUGGAAACGGAGCAGGUUCUGCCGGUGGUCUACCAGCCCCAAGCUGUGUUCCGGGUCCGAGCCGUGUCCCGCUGCACCAGCACCUUACAGGGACACACCGAGGCGGUCAUUUCCACUUCUUUCAGUCCCACGGGCAAAUAUUUGGCCAGUGGUUCAGGUGACACUACGGUGCGUUUUUGGGACUUGAUGACAGAGACGCCGCAUCACACCGCCAAAGGGCACACACAUUGGGUGCUGAGCAUCGCCUGGUCGCCUGAUGGCCAGAAGCUGGCUUCGGGAUGUAAGAACAGUCAGAUAUGUCUAUGGGAUCCGGUGACUGGCACACAAGUCGGGAAGACCCUGACGGGACACACCAAGUGGAUCACUUGGCUUUGCUGGGAGCCUCUCCACCUCAACGCAGAGUGUCGCCACUUGGCCAGCAGCUCCAAAGACGGCUCCGUGCGUAUCUGGGACACGGUGUUGGGACGCUGUGACAAGAUCCUGACGGGCCACACCCAGUCCAUCACCUGCGUCAAGUGGGGCGGGGACGGGCUUCUCUACACGUCAUCACAGGACAGGACGGUCAAAGUGUGGCGAGCCAAAGAUGGUGUCCAGUGCAGGACGCUACAAGGCCACGCCCACUGGGUGAACACGCUGGCUCUCAGCACUGACUACGUGCUGCGCACCGGAGCAUUUGAACCGGCAACUGCCACCAUCAACCCCCAGGACCUGAAGGGAUCAUUGGAGGAACUGAAAGACAAGGCCUUGCAGAGAUACCAUAAAGUCCGGGGCUCCGCCCCCGAGCGCUUGGUGUCCGGCUCAGAUGACUUCACCUUGUUCUUGUGGAAUCCAGCAGAGGAGAAGAAGCCCUUGGCCAGGAUGACGGGCCACAGCGCCCUGGUCAAUGAAGUCCUCUUCUCCCCGGAUACGAGACUCCUGGCCUCCGCCUCCUUUGAUAAGUCCAUCAAAAUCUGGGACGGCCGCACGGGAAAGUACUUGAUGUCCCUCCGCGGCCAUGUGGGCUCGGUGUAUCAGGUGGCGUGGUCGGCCGACAGCCGCCUCCUGGUGAGCGGCAGCAGCGACAGCACCCUCAAAGUGUGGGAUGUCAAGACCGGGAAGUUGAGCAUGGACCUUCCUGGCCAUGCGGAUGAGGUGUUUGCUGUGGACUGGAGUCCCGACGGUCAACGUGUGGCCAGCGGCGGUAAAGACAAAUGUCUCAGGAUAUGGAGGAGAUAGCCACACCCCCUGGCCCUGUUCUUAACAUCUGAUGUCCGCAUCCCCUCCCACCGUCUCGCACCAAGAAAGCUGACAUCUGGAGUAGAGGUGGUUUAUAGUCUGUCAAAAGGUUCAUUGUGCACACUGAAAUCUUAGCCAGUUACUCAGUGGAUGUAUUUAACUGGUUUGAAAGCGAGGAAUUGGCUAGCAUGUGCGUUUAUCAACCAUGUGAAGGUGACAGGUGGGAUGCUAAUUCUGGCCCUCGCUCGCUUCACUCUUCCCCUGCGGUGCCAAUGAGACUUUAAUCCCUCCUUCCUUCACUCAGCAAAGCCUGAGCCUGCUGGGUUUUCUCUUUUAUUGGAAGAAGAAGCCAGUUGUCAUCAGCUGCGGCUAUCUUUCAUAAAUAAACAUUUCCACCACACAUUGGUUUAAUCAUGACACCGGCAAUGUUUUAUUUCAACAUACCACACCAUGACGUCUCUAUAUUAGUUUUUUUUUUUUAUUUUAACAGUCACAACUAUCAGACAGGUCCAUCUUGCGCCAACACACUCAGACGCGCACACGCACACACACCAAGUAACCAUUUGAACUAUGUGGUGUCGCUCAGGAUGCAAAAUGGGAUCAGGUUUGCAGUUUGGCAAAAAGGGGACUUGAAGGCUUAUGUGCAAGGCAGAGCGGUUUCCACUCGGAUCCAAACCUCAAAAAUGUUAGUUUGGUCAUUGAGACUCUCAGGUUCCCCCCCGUCACCACGAGCACGUGUAAACAUGAAAUCAGACAUGAAUGAGACCGGCGCGUCACCAUAUCGUCCGUGAGCGUACAAAGAACUUACGAGGACAUUAAGGAUUUGUGAAAACACAAAAAGAACACACUACACUAAUAAAGUAGCUUAGCAUUAGCAUUGCAUCGCUCACAACCGAUUUUUAACGAGUUGGCUUACUUGACGAUUCAGUGGUGUGUCUCGGCAAGACAGCAACAAAGUGUGCAACACUUUAGCUAACCUGCUAGCUACAUGUGAUUUAAAAAAAAAAAAAACUCAUACACUAUAUGGACCAAAGUGGGACGUGGUGAGCUAGAGCCCUAAAUCCUUCCAUUGGUUAUAUUUGUCACUUACAGUUGUCCCUUCUCACAUGUGUAGCUUUACUCUCACAUUAAAAAAAUGACAAUAGUCCCUCAUUUAUCACAGGUGAUUGGUUCCAGGUCAGCCCUGGUAUUAUCAAGGCGGGCUGUGGAACCAAUACCUGCCAUAAAGGAGGGAUGACCAAUCACUCUGCAGGCCAUUUCCUGCUCCCAGUGCACAAAGCAAGACGACAUGUCGUGUCCCAAUGGUUUGGUCCAUGUGGUGUAUAUGGUGCAUCCCUUAUUGAACGCUGUUAAGUUUCUGCCCAGCAGCUCUCGUUCAAAACUUUGGUUGAUGAUUCUAGCUUCUAACAAUGUUUGGUCUUCUCUCUUGUCUUCAUUGCUAAAAAAAAAAAAAAAAAACAGAAAGAAAGCCACUCCAAAAAGUGUCCUCCACACCUUCUUCUCACUGUGUUAGGUCCGUGAAAUGUCUCUUCACACCAAAGGUGGAAAUGGUCGAUAUGAAGGUGUGUGCUUCCGCUAGGCUUCACUGGUUUUGUGCUUCCCUUUUUGAGGUCUCGCCACGGCCUCUAGUGCGCCUCGUGAGUCUGCCACACGUUGUUGAGCAGUUUGACGACCUCCUCGUAGAUGACGAAGACGAUGGCCACGUCCAAGCACACGCGGCCCAGCCGGGGAACCGUACCCUUGUAGAACCUUGAGUUGGGGACAGGAGGAUGUUAGAACCACAGCAAGGGGCGUCAGGAGAAGAAUCAUAGCUCAUAGCUCACGCUUGUGGUCCUUCCUGCUUGAGGAUCUGGAAGGCGCAGUCCAGAGUGUUCCUGUAGCGGUGGGCGUCCAAACCCUGGAGAAACAGAACAUCCGUCCUGACACAUGGAUGACCUUUGCAGCUAACAAGUUUCUCACAGACCUGCAUCCUGGUCUUCACCACGUCCAGUGGCGUGUUUCCAAAAACGCUGGCGGCUCCAGCUGUGGCUCCAAACAUGGCCGUGACCAUUGGGUGCAUCUCCU